GCCGGAGCUGGAGACAAAUCACCAAAGACAUUGUCAAAACACCCGAACUUUCCGCCAAGAUCACCUUCCCCAUUUCUGUUAAACAGCCUGGCCCAAGGGAGAAUCUCCUCAAAUGCUUUAUAAAGCGCAACAGGUCCACCCAAACGUAUUAUUUGUAUCUCAGUUUAACUAGUACGCUAGCUGAAGAUGGGAAGUUCCUUCUGGCUGCACGCAAAUGCAGACGUCCAACCUGCACAGAUUAUAUCAUCUCUCUUGAUGCAGACGAUAUGUCAAAGGGAAGCAACACCUAUGUUGGGAAGCUAAGAUCAAAUUUUCUUGGAACAAAGUUCACUAUCUAUGAUGGCCAGCCACCUCAUGCAGGGGCAAAGAUUAUGAAAAGCCGCUCCACAAGACUGGUGAAUCUUAAACAAGUUUCACCUAAGGUCCCUACUGGGAACUAUCCAGUGGCUCACAUCUCAUAUGAAUUGAAUGUGCUAGGCUCAAGGGGGCCUAGGAGAAUGCAUUGUGUCAUGGAUUCCAUUCCUGCCGCAGCAAUUGAACCUGGGGGUGCAGCUCCUACACAGACCGAGUUCUCUCUGAACAACAUAGAUAUGUUUCCUUCAUUCCCCUUUUUUCGAUCAAAAUCAAAUCGUGUGGAAAAUUCCAUGUCUGGACCCCUGGCUGAUCAAAAGGAUGGGAUGCUAGUGUUGAAAAACAAGGCUCCCAGGUGGCAUGAGCAGCUGCAGUGUUGGUGCUUAAACUUUCAUGGACGGGUGACAAUUGCCUCGGUUAAAAACUUUCAGCUGGUGGCUUCCGCUGAAAAUGGACCUGCUGGACCAGAACAUGAUAAGAUUAUCCUUCAGUUUGGAAAAGUUGGGAAGGAUUUGUUUACAAUGGACUACCGGUACCCUAUUUCAGCAUUCCAGGCAUUUGCAAUCUGCCUCAGCAGCUUUGAUACCAAGAUUGCCUGUGAAUGACAUGUUUAAACAGCUUGAAUCGAGAUUAUAUAGCUAUCUCUUGCUGCUGGGAGAAGUAUGGUUUGACUUGAAUGUUAAUUGUUGGGAAGCUGACCCAUGAAAAAUGUUUGGAUGGGUGUUGAACAGAAUUUCGAAGGACACAAUUCAUCAGCUCUUUGGAAGUUGACAUGAAAUUGGAAUAUUACUUGGAAUUCUUCCACCCUCUCCCCACAAAACAAAACAAAAAAAAAAAAGAAAAGGGAAAAAUACGUUUUUCUGUCCCCCGUGUACAUAAAUUUUAUCUCAUUUUUUUUUCCUCAAACAGUUUGGUUGUUUAUGGUAAUAUAGUAGUGGUUGUUUAAAACAUGUCUUGUGGGGACAUGUUUUGUUAAUGCUUUCACGAGAACAUGUUUUGUUAGUGGGACUACUUGUAAGGACACAAUCAUACGCAACUUGCUAUCUGCAAUUCCUUUCGUUCCGUAA